AUGGAGGGUACCGCAUCUUCAGACAGCAGCGCCACUAUGGACUUUAGCCCAGAACGGAGAGAAGCCAGCCCCCAGCCCGCCCCAUGUGUGAUAGGCCUAUAUGGCAUCCGCGGCUGCGGCAAAUCGUUUAUGAUGAACAAACUAAAGCACGAGCUCGGCGACUCCGACUUCCACUUCUUUGAAGGCUCCGAGGUUAUCGACAGCGUGACCGCCGGCGGGCUCGCCACGUUCCAGAGUCUCACCGAGGAGAACAAGGCAUGCUUUCGAAAGUACGCCAUGAAAAGGAUCAGGUCGAUCUGCAGAGAGAGUGGCAAAAUCGGCAUCGUUGCCGGACACCAUAUGUUCUGGUCGGAGGGCAAGGAUGAUGACACGGCGUUGAGAGUUUGUGGCGAGGAGGAUAUCCGUACUUACACCUUCAUUCUUUAUGUGAACACGCAUGUGGAGGUGACGGCAAGACAGCGAAGGAGGGAUGCAGAGAGACAUCGGUCCAAGAUGUCGAUCAAGAAUUUGCGUCGCUGGCAGGAAACGGAGAUUAAAGAACUGCGAGACCUGUGCCGUGAGAAUGGGGUUCUCUUUGCAGCUGUCUACCCUAACUUGGUGGACAAGUUAUCCAGCUUGAUUCUUAACUUCCGGAACCAUGGAGAAAUCCAUAAUCAAUCAAUUGCCGACCAGCAUUUUGACAGAGCGCUCUCGAGUCACCGUGAGGAAUUACGGACCGUCAUCUUCUUCGACGCUGACAAGACAUUGACGCCUCAAGACACAGGUGAAUUGUUUCGCCAAAUCCUCACCCAGAAUGGCGCAAAGGAAAGCCCGUUGACCACUCUGUUCGAAGAUGAACUGGACCACUCGUAUGCGGCAUUUCGACAAGUGAUGCUGCUGUACGAAGAGUCAUGCAGUGACACUGAGUUCGACGCCAUCUGUAACAAAGUGGCCUCACGCACCGCUCUUUACCCGCAGAUGACUUUUCUUCUGCACCAGGUGAGAAAACAUCACCACAUUUGCCCCGUGAUUGUGACUUGCGGACUACAUCGCGUCUGGGAGAAGUUCGUGGCGAGGAACGGCCUUUCCAACGUGGUGAAGGUCGUGGGUGGUGCGCGACUUGACGACGGCUUUGUUGUUACUCCCUCGGUGAAAAAGAAUCUGGUCCUGCGCGCACAGGGCCAUCAUUCAGCAUAUACAUGGGCAUUUGGGGAUAGUCCACUCGACAUACCCAUGCUGGUUGCUGCGAACAAGUCCAUUGUUAUAGUGGGGGACGAGCAAACCCGCAGCAAAGCCAUGGAGCCGGAACUGCUAAAAGCGAUGGUAAGCGAUAGACUGCAAGCUGGUCAGGCUUUACUGGCGAAGAGCCCCUCGCCACCCCGGCUGGCCGGAAUAUACUCCCUUCCCGUCGUCGAUAUCAUGGACCCGGAGUUCGUGAAUUCAAUCCUCACUGGGGGCCUUGAGGUCCGUCAUGCCACCGAUAGUGCUGCAGCGAAACUGUUGAUGACCCCGACGCGGGAUUCUGCUAUCCAAGGUCCAUCUCUGAGAGCCUCUCAUCACAAAGUCGGCGCCUACCUAGCCAGAAUGUUUGUUUCUGAGCUUAUUGGCGUCGAGGAAAUCACAAUACGCGACGUUCAUAACAACGACGCGGCCGGAUAUCGACUUCUCGAAGAAGACAAGACACUAAUAGUGGCAUUGAUGCGCGGCGGCGAGUCCAUGGCCUUCGGUGUCAAUGAGGUCUUCCCCAGUGCCCAAUUCCUGCACGCCAAAGAGCCAGAGGACCUCACACACGAACAUAUCGAGGGCAAUGCCACCGUCAUCAUCGUUGAAUCAGUGAUCAACAGUGGCACCACGAUUGUCAAAUUCGUGGAGGCCAUCCGGGCUAUGCAUCGUGCAAUUCGGAUCGUCGUCGUCGCUGAUGUUGUCCAAAAGCAGGCGGUUUCAGGGGACUGUCCUAUAGGAGAGCUGGCGCGUUCCUCGAAACUUUCUAUCGUGGCGCUUCGUCUGUCGAAUAACAAAUAUACCGAGAGUGGAAGUACUGACACGGGGAACCGCUUGUUCAACACGACUCAUCUUGCCUGA